AUGCAUGUGCAAGCCGAAGAUGGCCAGAAAAAAACCCAGAAAUCAGGAGCAAAGCAUGGAACAGAAUCUCCUUCACAGCUCUUAGAAGGAACCAACUCUGCCUACACAGUCAUCGCAGACUUAAAAUAUACUGCACAAAUACCUGAAUCUGAUCAGAUAAAACAGGUUAAAGAAUUUCUUGAGACCUACAACAAACUAACAGAAAUCUGAUUUUUUUUUUUUUGGACUUAAUUUAAAGACUUCAAAUUAAGAGAAAUAAAACCUGAAGAGGCUACCUGUUCAGAACAUUGCUCACAGAAAUAUUUUAAAAUGACACAAAGAAUAUCCAUGAGAUUUCAGGAAUAUCAUAUUCAGCAGAAUGAAACUCUGGCAGCCAAAGCAGGACCCCUUGGCCAGCUACAUUAG